CAUCACCAAACCCCCUCCUGCGUUUACUUUCCUACAGUAUUAUCCAAUUCUAUCUAUAGUUGUAAUUACAUCUUCAAUCCUAUUUAAGCUGCCCUAUCUCCGUCUCCACAUUUUCACGUUUGAAAUCUAAAACCUCUCCAAUUAACUUCCUUUUCCAGAUUGAGAUAAGGCUUCGCCCAAAGAGGGAGAGACAGAGAGAGGUGCUCACAGUCACAAGAGGUCUUUAUGGCUGCAAUGACGAUAAACUCGGUGAACUUUGGCGCUGCUAAAGCUGUGAAAUUUGAGUAUGUGGGGCUGAAGCCACUGAAAGUGCACCAGAAUAUCACUAGUGUGAGGCCUCACUCGGUCAAAUUUGCACCAAGGGUCCUCACAGUGAAUGCUGCUGAGGCUCAGGGUGACGGCCAAGUUAAGAAGAUGGGAAAGAGUGACGAGGAGUGUGAGGCCGCCGUGGUUGCAGGGAUUGUCCCAGAAGCACCCCCAGUGCCCCCAAAACCAGCUUCACCGGUUGGGACCCCUCUUGCAGCCUCCCUACCUCUUAGUAGGAGACCACGGCGGAAUCGUAGAUCACCUGUACUGAGGGCUGCAUUCCAAGAAACUACUAUAAGCCCUGCAAACCUGGUUUAUCCAGUUUUCAUUCAUGAAGGAGAAGAAGACACUCCAAUUGGAGCGAUGCCUGGAUGCUAUAGGCUUGGGUGGAGACAUGGACUUGUGGAAGAGGUUGCCAAGGCUCGAGAUGUUGGUGUUAACAGCAUUGUGCUAUUUCCAAAAGUUCCCGAUGCUUUAAAGACUUCCACAGGAGAUGAAGCUUAUAAUGACAAUGGGCUGGUGCCAAGAACAAUACGACUUCUGAAAGACAAGUAUCCUGAUCUUGUUAUAUAUACUGAUGUUGCUUUAGAUCCAUAUUCCUCUGAUGGGCAUGAUGGCAUUGUAAGGGAAGAUGGAGUUAUCUUGAAUGACGAAACUGUAUAUCAUCUUUGUAAACAGGCAGUUUCUCAGGCCAGAGCAGGAGCGGAUGUCGUGAGCCCCAGUGAUAUGAUGGAUGGUCGUGUAGGAGCUAUUCGAGCUGCUCUUGAUGCUGAAGGCUUUCAGCACGUCUCCAUUAUGUCCUACACGGCCAAGUAUGCUAGUUCAUUUUACGGCCCUUUCCGAGAAGCAUUAGACUCAAAUCCACGUUUUGGAGACAAGAAAACCUAUCAGAUGAAUCCUGCAAAUUACAGAGAAGCCCUUAUUGAAACCCGUGAGGACGAGUCUGAAGGAGCUGAUAUCCUUCUGGUCAAACCAGGUCUACCUUAUCUUGACAUUAUACGGCUUCUAAGGGAUAACUCUUCUUUGCCCAUUGCUGCAUAUCAGGUGUCAGGCGAAUACUCGAUGAUCAAGGCUGGCGGAGUCCUGAAAAUGAUCGAUGAGGAGAGAGUGAUGAUGGAGUCGCUGAUGUGUCUUCGACGAGCAGGCGCCGAUAUCAUCCUCACGUAUUUUGCUGUGCAAGCUGCUAGAUGCAUGUGUGGUGAGAAGAGGUGAGAUGUAACCCAACUCUCAUUUUGACGUAUUGAGAGUACUUCACCACAUGUUUGCCUUGUCUAUUUAUAUAUGCAAUAAAAAAUCUCUUCUUGUCUUGCCCAUCUCUCUUCCCACCUUAUCAAAUUGGAUUCAUGCAAAAUGCAUCUUCCAACUCUAUUUAUGUAACCAACUCGAAUUUGCU